AUUGUAACGGAAGAGCCGACGCCGACGCACUUGGAAUCUGGGACCGCCGCCGCAAUGACCGAGCAGCCAGCGAAGAUCCGUGUGGGCGACCUGUACUGGAAGCAGGUUGGAAGCAAUGGAUGGGUGCUGGGAAAAGUGACUGCAUAUGACGACGACACCACCACUGCGACCUUCGAGCUCGUGGACGAAGACUCGGGUGAUGUACAACGGCCCGUGCAAAAGGAGCUCGUCAACGUGACCGUGGCGCCGCUGUUUCCGUCCAACCCGUUAUUUAGCACGUGCGCCGACAUGACGUCGCUCCAUCACCUGCAUGAAGCCGCUCUGGUCAAGAACCUGCAGGAUCGGUCCGUGCUCUCCAACCAACGCCCAUACACGUUCAUGGCGAACGUUUUGAUUGCGAUCAACCCCCUUCGAUACCUGGAAGAGCCUGACAAGAACUCAUAUAUCGGUCAGUCGCUGGACAGAUGCCCACCGCACCCAUACCACGUUGCCGAGAGCGCUUACCGUCAGUUGGCCACUGUCCGCCCCGUCAUGCAGAACCAAUCGAUUAUCAUUAGCGGGGAGAGUGGGUCCGGGAAGACAGAAACGUCCAAGAUCAUCUUGGACUUUCUGACGGUGCGCGCCAUGUCUAGCAACCGCCAGCAUCGGCAGAGCGGAGAUGAUUGCAGCGACGAACCCGAGGUCACAACAAAGCAGCACAAGCGCGUGUCGCUUCGCCAAGCGCGCGUGCUUUCAUCGUUUUCGAGCCGGGACAUAUCGUGUAUGCUCACGUCCAACUCGGCGGUCACACUUGGCGAGCGUUUAAUGGAGACAAUCCCGAUCUUGGAGUCGUUCGGGAAUGCGAAGACACAUCGCAACCACAACUCGAGUCGGUUUGGCAAGUACAUGCGGCUUCAGUUUUCGUCGCGCCAUCAUGAGCUAACAGGAGCAUCCAUCGACACGUACCUCCUGGAGAAGUCGCGUCUGGUCCACCCGCCGACGGGCGAGCGCAAUUUUCAUAUUUUCUACGAGCUGCUUCGUUCCGGUCGUGUGGACUUGCUCGAUCAACUGCACUUGACGGCGUCGCUCGACCCCGAGCUCAUGAUCUCGUCAUUCUACUACUUGAAUCGAUCGGGGUGCACGGCCAGCGAAAUCCUUGACGACGGCACCAACUUCCACAAGUUGGUCGACGCCCUCCAGCUUGUUGGGAUUGAUGCGACAAUGCAGCUUGACUUGUUUCGCCUUGUCGCGGGGGUGCUCCAUCUUGGGAACGUCAGCUUUGACGAAGAAGAAACGGAGGAGGGUACGACCGCGUGCAUCGGCCCCAAUGGCCAAGAAGCGCUCGAGAUUGCAUCGUCGUUGUUGGGAAUGCAGAAGGACCUUCUGUCGUGCGCGAUGCUGAACAAGCGAAUCACGCGGUCGACACCCGGGUCGAGUCGCCGCAAUUCGAUUUACUACCUCAAGAAAGACAUCCGCCAGGCCACGUACUCGCGUGACACGAUCGCCAAAACCGUGUACGAGCACGUGUUUACAUGGCUCAUGCGCCGCUGCGCAAGUGCACUCGAAUACAACGAAGCGUUGCGUGACGUGCUGCCGUACAUUGGCGUGCUCGACAUCUUUGGAUUUGAAGAUUUUGAGCCGCGGAACCGCAACUCGUUCGAGCAGCUCUUGAUCAACUACGCCAACGAAACCCUCCAGAGCAUUUUCAACACGUGCAUCUUUCAAGCCGAGCAAGAAUUGUACAAAUCGGAGCACAUCCACGUCCCGAACAACGUGUCGCUCGCGUUUCCAUUCCCACUGCACAAAUGCGGGAUCGACCAGCCCAAGGCAACUGGUGGAGACACGUCGGUCAAGCUGCUCGCAGAACGCCUGAAUGACACGAGCGAACUCAUCUCGUACGUGGACAACCAAGAGUGCUUGAACCUCAUUGCGUCGCGGUCGGGUGGUGUGUUUUCGACCAUCGAUGCGAUUUCCCGACUGCCUGGGCCGUCCGACCGCAAACUCAACGAACGUUUACACACGCUAUUCAAGCGCCAUCCUUGCUUUCCCACGCCGCAUCCAAAGGAAGCGCACGAGAUGUUUUGCAUCGUGCACUACGCCGGCAUGGUCAAGUACCAUAUCGAGUCGUUUAUCGACAAGAACAACAACAUUAUUUCGGCGCAAUUCGAGGAACUCAUGGCGAUCUCCAAGUCGUCGGUGCUGCAAGCCCAACCGCUCCUCUCGUCGGCGUCGGCAAACUCGUCGCCGCCCACCAGCCAAAAGGGCGGAAGUGUGACGCACAUGUUCUCGGUGCAGAUGCGCGGGCUCGCGAGCGAACUGGAAGGCACGCGAUGUAACUUUAUCCGAUGCAUCAAACCCAACGCCGAGAUGGAGGUGGGUGUGUUUGACCGAGCCAGCGUCGUGGACCAACUCCGAUGCUCUGGCACUGUGCAAGCGUGCUCUGUCCUUCGCGUGGGCCUCCCGACACGGAUUUUGUACGCCGAAGUCGUCGACACGUACUUGCCGCUUGUCGGCCAGGAAACGUACGAGAAAUUCAAUUGCAACGAACGGCUCUUCACGCAAGCGAUCUGUGCGGCGCUGGCCUUUCCUUCCGACGCGUAUCGGUUGGGUGAUACGCGCCUCUUCUUCCGCACUGGAAAGAUCGACUUGCUCGACAAACUCCUAAACGUCAACAAGAUGGAGGCGCACGUCCCCAAGAUGCUCGUCAACUACCUCGUCAAGCGGCGAUGGCUGUCGGCCGUGACCAAGGUCAUGGUGUACAAGAUGUGGGAAAAGGUGUUUGUCGAGUGCCGCUACCGCCGUUCGUCCAUGACGAUUCAGUGUUGGUGGCGCCAGUACAAAGCUCGUCAAGAACGCAAGUCGCUUGCCGCGCAAGCCCGCGUUGCCGCGAUGCUGGCGAAGUGGGCCAAGAAACUCCAAGUGAUGAAGUCGUUUGCUGGUAAACCCGACGAAAAGAUCGAGUUGCUCAACAACUUGCUGGCGAAACCAGUCGUUCCGCGUGGCCAAAAGUGGCUCCUCACGUGGCUUGGGCCGUUGCAGCGUGCCAUGUACGUACAGAAGCUGUGUCGCAAGGCAUGCGUGGCUUUCCUCGUCAAACGUGGCUUUCUCUGGCUGUACCAACAAGUCCGAGUCAAGCGCGCCCAGCUGCUCCUGCAAACUCAAGCUCGCAUUGUGUUAGCCAAGCGCCGCCUUCUACAACUCGUCCGGAAGCGCCGGGCCAAGAACCUCUGGCGCAAGGCGAUCUUCGGCGCACGGGUUAUGUCUAUAUUCAACCGCGAGUUCAACCGCGUGCAUCUGCAUCGACUGGAACAAGGUCACGAGGAGCUGACGGCAGCCAACUUGGCGCUGCAUGCAAAGGUGGCGGACUUAUCGAUGAAGCUCGACGCGGUGGAACUGGAAAAGAAGCAAUUGCAACGUCUCGUGGCAUCCACGGCGACGGCACUGGCCGAGCGCAACGCGCGGCUGCAACUGCUGGAAGCAAAGAUCAAGACGCAACAAGCUCAAGUCGUCCAUCAGGACUCGCUGAUGUUGCGCCUGUUUAAGUUUUUUACAUGCAGCUCGUCGUCGUCGGCUGCUGCCAAGAACCAUCGCCACGCAGUCGAUGACUCGUCCGAGUCGUCCGUUGCCACGUCGAUGAGUGACGAGAGUUCCUUUGCCGACGACGUAUCUGUCAAGCCAGUCAACCUGGCGCCGCCUCGGCCGCGAAAACACCGUGCCAACAACCACGUGUGGAAAAUUAGCCGUUUUUGCUUUUAAGACGCUCCGAGAGAUGGCCGCGCACCGUCGGAAGUGCGCUGCCAUGCCCAACCAACGCAUUGUGUAGACCACGUCCUGUCAAGUCGAUCGCGUGGCGCUGUCGAGAGCACCUUCUUCGACGGAAGACUUGCACGCGUCGACAACGCCAGUGGUCGGUGUAAUUUAUAUACCUUUUUGAAUGUCGA